AUGCUGGCGAACCCGUUGAACCCCGUUAGCGAUGCGCCCAUGCUCGACAAGAACAACAUUAUUAACGUGCGGGAGGGAGAGUCCUUGUAUCAAAUAUGUAUCAAGCUGCGGAGGCGCCUGUCCGGCGUGCCAGGCUUCCAGCCGUUUCUGAACGAGAUGGAAACGAGGGAAGAGGAAGGCUCCGACCCUGUUUCGUCGCUAUGGCAGUGCUUUAGGACAGGUCUACCAUUGCUUACGAUAUAUAAUGCAUCACAGCCGGAAGAAGGGGAGCUGAAGGUUAAGCAGUCGCAGGUCCCGGAGAAGAUAGGGAAAGAAGCUGCAUAUCUCUUUACAAAAGCCUGUAACCAGCAGAUGAAAAUUCCUGCCACCGAAAUCUUCACCUUAACCGAUUUGUUCAGCGAUAACACUACUGGCUUUGUCAAGGUGACAAAAGUGGUCAAUCGCGUGUUGGACUUGCUCAAUAUGAGUGGAAAGCUUCAUGACUCCAGUUCGAGUGACAUUUCAGAUGUGGUGGACACUGCAGGAAAUCCGAUUCAAAGAGUUGGAAAGGAGAUUACCAGACGCGAUCGUAUAUUGAAAGAGUUGGUUGACAGUGAACGGCACUACGUCCAUCAUCUGCAAAACCUACAGGCAGUGAAGAAAGAACUUGAAGAGAUUGGAUCUGUGACUGGAGACUCGAUUCACAACAUUUUUCUCAACCUGAACAAUCUUUUGGAUUUUGCACAGCGCUUCCUGAUUCGCGUCGAACAACAGCACGAACUUCCGGAAGAGGAUCAAAACUGGGGUCAACUCUUCAUCCGGUAUAGGGAACCUUUUCGACAGUACGAGCCUUUCAUUGCUAAUCAGAAGAGAUGUGAAACUACAUGCGCCAAAGAAUGGAGCAAUAUGGUUGCCUCUGCUCGCUCGCCGCUGAUGCAUCAGAUGCUCGAGAAUCCAACCGUCCUCAAUGGUUUCUUGAUCAAGCCUUUUCAAAGGCUCACCAAAUACCCUCUUCUACUGAAAGACUUGGAGAAGUCAACAGAAUCAGAAGACCUCAAGAAGGAUAUCAGCACAGCUGUCAGCAUCAUACAAGAGGUGCUCAAUCAAGCUGACGCUUCAAUCGACAAGGAGACUAGGGAAGACGCCGUCCUUGACCUUCAAGAAAGGGUGGAGGAUAUGAAGAAUGUUAACCUAAGCCAAAUGGGUGAACUUUUGUUGAUGGGCACUUUCAUGGUGCUGAAAGACGGCAGCAUGAGACCUGAAGAGAAACAAUACCAUGUCUAUCUCUUCACUCGGAUUUUAAUCAUGUGCAAGGACAUCAACAUUCAGAAAGCGAAGAAGAAAGGCCUUACCGCGAUUAGUGCCCGCGGUAAGCCCAAGAUGUCGAUAAAAGGCCGCAUCUACUUCGCCAAUGUAUCCAACUUGAACAUGCAGUCAACUCCUGGGAACUACGCCCUGAAGAUUGUAUGGAAAGGAGAAAAGGAUGGACCAGGGACUGAUGAGUUCAUUAUCAAAUUUCGCAACGAAGAUCUGCUGAGAAAGUGGUUUGAACUAUGUCAUACUCAAAGAACUUCCUGUCUGCUCGAAAAAGGUGGAGCCAAUGCAUCCAGUACUCAGUUGACCUCGCUCGCAAAUAUGGAUCUAGUCAAUCCGUACGCGGGGCUUGACGACGACGAUGAUUACAACAGACUAUCCAGCACGACCUAUGGCGAUUCAGAUUACAAUAUGAGCAGGAAUGCCUCAAGUACCAGUUUGAGGCAGAGGUCUGCUACUGCUAGCAGUCAGGCCUCAUCAAAUCCCCAUUUGUCCCAAGGUCGCAUGAAAGGAAUCAAGGGCGAAUCGUUGAAACUUAACACCACACAGUCUCCUGCAUAUGUCGUGGGCGAGUCUUAUUUCUCUCCCAUCGACAAGGACUCGCCGCCUCAAUCAGCUGUCACUGCGUCGACCAGGUCAAGUGCUCAAUCGGCUUAUUCUGGGUAUCGCAAUAUUACCCCUGUCAACUCCCAUGAACAGAAUUAUAGAAAUACAGCCCCAGCAAUGGGGCGAGAUAACCCAAGAGGCAACCCAUACUUGCCGAAUGGUCGACAUCCUCAAAGACCAUCAUUGCCACCUGGCAGUGUACAUUCGGCUAACAAUGUUUCCAUGAACCGAAUGCGUUCGGCGAGCAGUCCAGACAUCCAUCCGCAGGUGCAACAGAAUCGCAAAUAUGGCGAAAACAUCCCUGCUGUACCUUCAAUACCUUCCUUUGUUUCAAAGCAGAAAACAUCGACGACCAGAAAUCACGAUGGUCUACCACAUCGGCUGGCCCCCGAAUCGAAUAGCAGACCGCAAAUGGGUGGCCAUGGCUACACUUAUGAUCCGUCAUAUUCAAGUGCAAGUGCAAGUGCAAGAAGUGCUCACAAGCCGCAACUCUCUCAAGAUCGUAUCACGUCAACUCCAAUGACUACUGAUAGCAACGGCAUGCCAUCUCAACUAAAGGCUAAAGUCCGUUUCGAAAGUAAUUACGUUUCUAUGAUCAUUCCAACCAACAUCACCUUUCGUACGCUGACCGACAGGAUUGAUGCCAAACUUUCACGAGUUACACAUCAUUCAAUCGCAAGCGGGAGUGUGAAGCUAAGGUAUGAAGAUCAGGAUGGGGAUUAUGUACUCAUCGAUAGUGAUGAGGCUGUAAAUGAGGCCCUGCUCGACUGGAGUGAGACACAUGCAGACGAUGUCGGGCCUGGUGGCCUCAACGCGGAGAUUAUGUUGUUUGCGCACGUCAAUGGAGACCAUGGAGGUUGA